AUGGGUCAUCCAAGCGAUAAUAUCAUUACGGACGCAAUAGUUAUCGGUUCCGGUUUUGCAGGCGCUAUUCUCGCUCGAAAGCUCGCAAAACAAGGUCGCUCAGUUAUUGUAAUAGAAUCCAGGGAGAGACUUGGUGGUAGAACCAACACUAUAAGACUUGGGGACCACGAUAUUGAUGCUGGAUGUUCAUUUAUACAUGGCUACUCAGACAGCCAUCCACUUGCUACACUCUCAAAGGAGCUCGCUGUUGACGUACAAAUAGCUGGUCCAAAAGAAAGUACCGACGUUGGUUCCGUCAUAAUCGGCAAACGUGGUCCAUUGGAUACUGGCUUACAGAAACAAAUACAAGACGCUUUGGGUAAAGCAGUAGACACCGCUAAAGCUAGCAAUGAGAAUAGACCAUUAGCUGAUGUUAUCGACGCAUCACUCAACGAGACUCUCCAAGGUGAGACACUCGCAAUAGCAAAGGAAUAUGUUGGCUCCUUAGACGCACCACUUGGUUUACCAGUCAACGAAAUCACUGACGUUAGUCGAUUUGGUUGGGAAAAAGGUUUAGAUGGUGUGGAUGCUGUUGUCACUCGCGGCUACUCACACCUCAUGUCUAGAAUCUGGGAAGAUGCCCUCGCCACUGACAAAGUCAGAAUUUAUUAUGACCAUAGAGUUGUCUCACUUUCCACAAAGGAUAAAGUGAAAAGCAUCAUAUCUACACAUCGCGGUCAAUUUGAAGCUAAAGUCGUCGUUUGUACAGUUCCAUUAGCAACCCUCCAGAAUCCAAAGACGGCUAUUGAAUUCCACCCAGAGUUGUCCAAAGAGAAACAAGAAGCUAUCAAAUCGACACCAGUAGGAUUGCUCGAGAAAUUGAUCUACACAUACGACGAUUACUGGUGGAGAUCAUCAUACAAGACUGGCGGUUUUGCUAUCUUGCCAACCAAGAAGAGCUUCACUUCCGCAAAGGAAAUCUUAGAGAGUCACGUAUUGAACGUCCAGACAUUCCCAAAUCAUCCAAGUUUGCUUAUAUUCUUGCCAGCUGGUGCAAUUCGCCUUCUGAAAUGCUACUCUCGCCAAGAAGUUGAAGAGGCUGGUGCAGAAGUUCUCGCUGAGAGACUUGGUGGUGUAAAGGCACGUAAAGCUUAUUCUACAAGCUGGUUGAAGGAACAAGAUACCAAUGGCGCAACUAGCACAUAUGCAUCACCAGAACAUCUCAAGGCACUUCAACAAGCUACAGAUGAUGACAGACUCGCUUUUGCUGGUGAGCACACUGAGAUUGACAACCAUGGUUCUGUCAAUGGAGCAGUCCUCAGCGGGUUGAGAGAAGCUGAGCGCGUAGAAAGAUAUUUACAGAAGAGAGCUAGUGAACCAUGGACAGGACACUAA